GUUGUUUGUUACAGCGAACACCAGCUGCUGCCUGCGCCGGGCGCCGCGCGCCGCUGCUCUGCCGCUCCUUCGCUUACUCCGCCAGCGCUCCUACCUCAGGCUCCUUUCCGGGGUCCCCCCUCGCAACUUGCCGGGUCUCCCUCCGCUACUGGAUCCAUCCCGGCCCGGGGCGGCUCGGUGCCGGCGGGGCGCGCGGGGCGGGGCGCGGGGAGGAGCGCGGGGGGCCACGGGUCGCCCCCCGCCGAUGAGCCGCCGUGGAACGCGGGCGGACGAUGGAACUCCACAUCCUAGAGCAUCGGCUGCAAGUUGCCAGCGUCGCCAAGGAGAGUAUCCCGCUCUUCACCUACGGCCUCAUCAAACUUGCCUUCCUGUCCUCCAAGACCAGGUGCAAGUUCUUCAGUCUGACGGAGACGCCUGAGGACUACACCAUCAUCGUGGAUGAGGAAGGCUUCCUGGAGCUGCCCUGCUCAGAGCACUUGAGCGUGGCAGAUGCUACAUGGCUGGCCCUCAAUGUGGUGUCAGGCGGCGGCAGCUUCUCAAGUUCCCAACCCAUCGGUGUGACCAAGAUCGCCAAGUCGGUAAUAGCCCCGCUGGCCGACCAGAACAUCUCGGUUUUCAUGCUGUCCACCUACCAGACGGACUUCAUCCUGGUGCGUGAGCGGGACCUGCCUUUUGUCACCCACACCUUGUCGUCAGAGUUCACCAUCCUGCGGGUCGUCAAUGGCGAGACGGUGGCAGCUGAGAACUUGGGCAUCACCAACGGCUUUGUGAAGCCCAAGAUGGUUCAGAGGCCGGUCAUCCACCCAUUGACCAGCCCCAGCAACAGGUUCUGUGUCACCAGCCUGGACCCCGACACACUGCCUGCCGUGGCCACGCUGCUUAUGGACGUCAUGUUCUACUCCAACGGGGUGAAGGACCCCAUGGCAGCUGGCGAGGACUGCGGCCACAUCCGCUUCUUCUCCUUCUCCCUCAUCGAGGGUUACAUCUCCCUGGUGAUGGAUGUGCAGACCCAGCAGAGGUUCCCCAGUAACCUUCUGUUCACCAGCGCGUCCGGAGAGCUGUGGAAGAUGGUGCGGAUUGGAGGGCAGCCCCUGGGAUUUGAUGAGUGUGGCAUCGUGGCCCAGAUCUCCGAGCCCCUGGCUGCAGCUGACAUCCCCGCCUACUACAUCAGCACGUUCAAGUUCGACCAUGCACUGGUUCCAGAGGAGAACAUCGGUGGGGUGAUCAGUGCCCUGAAGGCCAGCCAGGCGGGGAAGCACUAGGGUGGCGCUCCCAGGUGCUGCAGUGCCCAGUGUGUGCUUACAGUAUUUCUCCAGAGACCAGGAGAGCAACCGGCCUGGGACACUGCCCUGAGGGCCAAGGCCUCCCUGUAGCCUCAACCCUUCGGAAAGGGACCUGCUCCCCCAGCCCAUCCUGGGAAAUGGCAUCUGAGGCCCAGGUGGCCAGGGAGCAGCCCCAUCUCCUCCCCGGGCUCUUUCUGGGGGCUGGCAGAGCUGGGCUGGGCACUUGGAGCCCUGGGAGGCCCCCCUGAGGUGAGGGGCUAAAUACGUGAUCGCUGCUUCUUGUUCGGGACUCGGCUGGCUGCCCUGGAUUGGAGGCUGCGGGCCACCCUGACCCCGGCUGCCAACCACAGGGCCUGCGCCCCCACCUCAGCACAACUGCCGAGAGGGGCCCUGGCCAGACCUCCCCUCAGCGCUCCCCCCGGGCACUCACCAGCUUCUCUGCCCUCUGCUUUCCUGGACCCUCCUUGGGCAGGCAGAGCCUCAGUUUCCCCCCAGUGUUCUCCACUUGGGGUUUCUUAGGUCACCUCCACCUCCCAGACAGUCGACUAGACCAGCACAGGGCUCCCCGCCGGGCUCCCAACCCACCCCCCACCCCCUGCCCACCGCCCAGACCUCUGAGGCCAGGGGUUCACGAGUACUUGACCCAGGGGGCAGCUUAACUGAGCCUUAAUAGAGAAAAUCAGACUUUCUAGUUUUUUAUUUAUCGUAUUGGCAGCUGUCCCCGGGCUGCUGUUGGCUGUUAUUUCUUUUCUCAAGAGAUGGGUUCUGAGUUCUUCCCUGAGGCCCUACGGGUCCAGGGAUAGACAUGGGGGCUCUGUCUCAGGAGGGGCAGCUGGGAGCAGAGGUCCGGCAGGACUGCCAGGCUGUGGCCCUGGCCACCAGCUGACCCGGCAGGGGUGAAAGGGGCCACCUGCUUCUCCGGCUGGAGGUGGGGGCUCGGAGAGGAGGCCCCCAUACAAGGCACGGCGAGCGACCCUUGCGGGACCCAGCAUGCUAGGUAGAGACCCACUUCCUGCUUGGUUUUUAAGUUAUUCAUUUUGCACAAACCCCAAAAGUAACCAAAUCUCAUAAAUUGUUUGCUGGUCCCUAAAGGGAGGUGGCUGAGUGGACAGGGCUGUGGUGGUAGCCCCGAGUGCCCUUUCUGUCUGUAGAAGGCCUUUAUUUUCCGGGGCUCCCCUCUUCACAACCCUUUCUGUCUGCUUCCUUCCUGCCAGGCCAGUGCGUCAGCUUGGUGUCCUGAGUCCUGUAGCCCCUAAACUUCUAGGACCCCCUAUUGUACACACCUAUAAAUACCUGUGUUUUAUGUUAAUAUACAUAUAUAUACUGUAAAUAGCAUAUAUACUUGAGCAAUAUAUAUGUUAAUAUAUUCUCCGUGCUCGGGGCCUGGCACGGACCUCCCCCACCUGUGUGCGCGUGCGUGGGCAUAAAGCCCGCCCACUGUUGGCCACGCCCACAGGCGCAGGGUUGCACCGCCGAGUAUUCUUGAGUCUAGGCAAUAAGAUUUUGUGACAUUCUGGGUCCCACAAACCUCCCUGGAGAGAGGACAAAACCAGCAGCCCACAGAGCCUGCUGCAAGGCCGUGUAGAGGGCCAGCCCUGGCCUGGUUCUGCUUCCCUACCCCACGGCUCCAGCCCUGGCCCCCGGACACCCAUGUUGUAUUGGAGGGGUUGGUCUAGAGGAGCGAUUGGAAGUUGUUUUUAACAGAAUGGCCCCUUGCAGUGUUACUGGAGCACCUGGCCUGCCACAUGGCCCACUCCGGCCUUCUUCCUCGGAUGGCCCCUUUCCUGAAGGCCCCCUCCCAGAUUUCUUGCUUUUUAUUGAGAAAUUUAGAAAUCCCAGGUUCUUUGGCCAGGUCGGCUCUGGGGACUGGCACCCUCUGUACAGAGCAGCACAGAUGACCUUGCUGUCUGAGGAGAGGCUGGGGUGAGGGUCCGCUGUCCUAGGGGGAGCUGGUUGGUCACAGGGAGGCCCUGGGAUCCCCCCAGCCUGGCUGUUUGUCCGAGGUGCUUUUCUGUUCUCUGUGUGUAGUGUAACCAAAGCGUAGUCCUCAAAGCCUUGGCAAGGAAGCACGUACCCUCAACUUUUCUCCCGGCCACCCCUGGGUGCCCGUGCAUUCCCGCAGAACCCUGCAGGGCUGUUGAGUGCCCAUGUCCCCCAGCAGGUCAGCCAGCGAUAGACGCCAGUGUGGGGGAGGGGAGGAAGACGACGCCCUUGCCUCUGCCCUGGCCUGGAACACAACCCUGCCGUGGGUAACCAGGCCAGAUCCACUCCCGGGCCUGGGAAUGUGUAUCUCAUCCUCUCUAGUGAGGGAAGUGCCCACCAUGUGGACAUCACCCUGACUUCACCCUUCACCCCAUCCCUGUACGGGUCCCACCAUGAGGAGCCCAGAAUCUGGGAGGGAGCUUUGACCACAAGUUUCCAGGGACAAGGGCCCUAACCCUGACCCUAUAACAACCCCUCCCCAAGAUUUAGGGGGCCCUGGGUCCCUCAACCACCAGCACUCCCCACCAGCAGCCCAGGCAGCAGGUCCCCAGUGAGAAGUGGAGUAGAGGACAUAACCAGGCGGCUUGGUGCCCAAGCAGAAGGGUCCUCUCCUACUGGGGAACAGAGCUUAUCAGGAUAACGAGGUCAGGAGGGAAUUGUGGCAGAUGGGACAGGCCCAGUCCAAGCCCAGUGCCACAGCCUACUGGGUGAUUUUCACAGGGAAUCCUGAGCCACCUGCCACCGUAUUUCCCUUGCAGACCUUUCCGGGUCCCAAGGUUACCCUGGCCACCUUCUGAGUCUCUAGGCUGUACAUGGGCUCCUCCUAUCCUCAGCUGGGAGAGGGACUGGGGGAUGCUCCCAGGUGACUGUAGAGCCCUGUAACCCUGUUGUGACAAAUCUGAUGUCCCUUUCUGAGCAAAGCAAGGAGAAAGGGGGAUGACCCCCACCUCUGCCCACAGGAGCAGGGGCCGCAUGGCUGGCAAGUGGGCAUUGUUGGGGUCUUCAGCUUGUUGGUUUUCUAGAGGCACUGCAGGCAGGUGGGGUUGGGCCUGGUGAGGUCACCCACAGAGGGACAGGGCAGCUGGGAGGAGAGAGCCCCAUGUAGCUAGAUAGCCUGUUUCUGCAUUGCAAAGCUUGUCCCAGGUAAUUGUCUUUCCUUUUCAAAUUAGAAGCAGCAAAACCACAACCCAGCCUUCAUUGUCCCUCUCCACAAGCUGAGGGAGGAGCCUGCUCUCCUAGGGAGGUGACCGUGGAGGUGUGGCACAAGUGGUUCUUAUGCAUGUGUGUGUGUUCGCGUGUGUGUGCGUGUGCGCAUGCUCUGAACGAAGGGCCUGGCUAAAUUCAGUAUUUAGAGUCCAUGGGCCAUGUGAAAAGAGGUGACUGGAUAGGGACCCAGCUGGCUUCAAGGCAAGGGUGAAACUGCUGUGCCACACCUACCCAGUGGUAGGACGGAGGUGUCCCUAGCCCAGCCUGGCUCUCCAUGCAGCCAGCCUGACCUGGCCAGGUCUUUCUCCCUGUGUGGAUGCCUCAGAUCUCCCAGUAUUCAUGGGGACAGGUUCUGGGAAGGGACCUGAGCAAAGGGCACAUCCUGGAAAUUGCAGACCCCAGUUCAGGGGGACAAAAAGGCCAAAUUCAGGGCCUAAGACAGGCCAAGCCCAGUUUUUCUUUCCACUGCCUCAGUUACCUAUAUUACCUAUAUUGAGAAAAGGUGGCCCAGGAAUAGUUGUGCGGGGUUGACUCCAAAACAGCAUGUGUGGACAAGUAACCAAGCCCUCUCUAUGCCAAAAUCAUUUCCGUUACCCUGGGAUGGGGAGAGGGAGAGGUGCAGGGCACUCCUGCCCGAGGUACCCUCGCCCGCACCUGGCAUGCCAUGCCCGGUCACCAGCAGCAGCAGCAGUGGGCUGUCUAGUCCCCAGGCCUGGGUGCAGGCAACCAGUGGCAGGCUUACCCUACCCCCAGGGCCCUCACGCUUAUUUUCUUUGUCAAACACGGAACCCUCGCGAUUCACGUACUGUAUGAUGGAGAGAAAAAAGUACCUAAUGUUCCCCCCCAAAAAAAGUAUAUUUUGUACUUUGUAAAGUGUUAAUUAAAAUGAAU